AUGACUGCUUACACGCAAGACGCCACCAACGCCAUCUACCCUUCUGAUCAGGGCAACGACUCGAGCAAGACCAACAGCAAGGAAAAGGUUGGCCACGAGAGCGGCCACGAGCUCGACCUCAAGUCAGAGAGAAACGUCCCCGUCGACAAUGGCUUCGGCGGUGGCGAAGGCGGCAAGAACUUCCGCAACAUGACCAAAUGGGACACGACCUUUGCCCUCCUGACCAACCAGGUUGGUCUUGGUGUCCUGUCUCUUCCCGGUGUCCUCAAGGUGAUGGGCAUCGUUCCUGGUAUCAUCGCCAUCAUUGGCAUCGGUCUUCUGUCCUGGUAUACCGCCUAUGUCCUCAAGCAGUUCUAUGCUCGUCACCAACAUGUCGUCAACGUUGUUGAUAUGACCCGGGUUGUCGGCGGCAAGAGCCUCGAGAUCACUGCGGGUAUCGGUCUGCUUAUCCAGGUCAUCAUGACUGCCGCCUCUGCCAGUGUCACUCUCUCCAUUGCUUUCAACACCAUCUCCAACCACUCCAUCUGCACUGUCGGCUACAUUGGCAUUGGCUGCCUCUGCUGCUGGGUCCUCUGUGCUCCCCGAACGGCCAAGUUCGUCUCCUGGUCCGGUUACCCAUGCUGUGUUGCCAUCAUCGCUGCUGCUCUCAUCGUCAUGAUCUCCCUGGGCGUCAAGAACCCCGAGGCUGCCCCCAUCCCCUGGCACAAGGAGCUCAAGGUGGUUGGCAACCCUACCUUUCGAGAGGGUCUCAACGCUUGCCUCAAGAUCUGCUACGCUUACUCUGGCAACAUCAACUUUGUCGGCUACAUGGCUGAGAUGAUUGACCCCGUCAAUGACUUUGGUUUUGCUCUGUGCUGGCUUGAGGUUACCUCCAUUGGCUUCUACACCAUCGUUGCCAUUGCCAUCUACUGCCUUGCCGGUGAAUACACCGUGUCACCCGCUCUGGGCUCGGCUGCUGCCACCACUGCCAAGAUCGCCUACGGCAUCGUGCUCCCCGCCGUCUUCUCUACUGGUCUGGCUUUCGGUCACACUGGCAUCAAGUACUGCUACGUCGAGGUCAUGAAGUACUUCAAGAUCACCCACGAGAUGACCACCAACAAUGUGCGCUCGUGGUCCAUCUGGAUGUCCCUCGUGACCAUCUUCUGGGUUCUCUGCUUCAUCCUGUCCAACGCCAUCCCCGUGUUCGACUCGAUCCUGUCCAUUGCCUCGGCCACCACCAUCUCGUGGUUCACCUUUGGCUUUAGCGCCGUCUUCUGGUUCCACAUGAACUGGGACUGCAUGUUCAGCAGCCCCAAGCAGAUCUGCCUCUUUGCCGUGAACGCCUUCCUGAUUGGCAUCUCGUUCUUCAUGAACGCUGCCGGUCUCUGGUCGUCCAUCACUGAGCUCACAGACAUUAUGGCCAGCGACUCAAGUUCCAUCUCUGGUGUGUUUGACUGUGGCAACAAUGCCCUCUUCUGA